AUGUACUUUAUUGCUUCGUCUCUGGAUUAUUUACUUUCUCUUUCCUUUUUAAUGAUAUUUAUUGCUGAUACUGUUCUAGUUGUUGUUAUUCUCCUUCCUUCCUUUCUCUCUCUCUCUCUCUCUCUCUCUUCUUCCUUUUCUCCCCUUCCUUCUCUCUUCUUCUUUUUCUGUCUCCUCCUCAUUUCCCCUCUCUCCACCUCAUUUCUCUCUCCCCCUCCUCAUUUCUUUCUCUUCAUCUCCUUUCUCUUCCUCUUUCUUCCUCUCCUUCUCCUACUUUCUCUCUCUCCGCCUCCUCCUAUUUUCUCUCUCUCUUCUCUCUACUUUCUUUCUCUCCUCCCUCUACUUUCUCUCACCUGUUCAUCCUCUUUUUUCUCCUACUCCUCUCUCUUUCUCUCCACCUCCUCCUACUUCUUUUUCCCUUGCUCUUUUCUCUCUCCUCAUUAUUCUCUCUCUCUUCUUAUCCUUUCCUUCCCUCUCUCCUCCUUUCUUUCUCUGUCUCUUCUCCUUUUGCGCGCACUCACUCUCUCUCUCUCUUUCUUUUUCUUCUCCUUUCGCGCUCACUUCCUUCCUCCUCCUAUUUUCUCACCUCCUCCUCUCUCUCCUUCUUCUCUAUCUCCUACAUUCUCUUUCCUACUUCUACUCCUCUUUUCUUCCUGA